AUGAGGGAGUUGAUUCGGCGGCUGAGCUUCUCGGACCGGGUGAGCGACGGCAGCGGCGGCGUGCCACGCGGGUGUGUGCCCCUGCUCGUGGUUGGCGAUGGCGACGAGGAAAGCGAGCGGUUCGUGGUGCGGGUGGAGGCGCUGCGGCACCCGUCGUUGGCGGCGCUGCUGGAGAUGGCCGCGCAGGAGUUCGGGUACAAGCAGGAGGGCAUUCUCCGCGUCCCCUGCGCCGUCCACCAGUUCAAGCAGGCGCUCUCCACCGCCGGCGCCGUCUCCACCAAGUACUGAUUAGUUAAUUCUCUAGCUGAUCAAUUAGGCAGACCCAUCGAUCGACUUCUUCGAUAAUUAAGGAAUGAUUAUUUGGUGCUGUGGACCAGCUGACUCUCUUGAUCCACGCGCCUGUUGAUUUUCUUCCCUCUUUUGCCUUUUCAUAUCUUCGUUUGAGGAUGGCUGGGGGAUGAUUGUUGACAAGAGA